GAGGGGGGAGGAGAGAGAGGGGGGAGAGGGGGAGGAGAGAGAGAGAGAAGCAGAGGAUCAGUUAGUGCCGUGGAGCACGGGAGUCAGCAACACAGACAGAGAGAGAGAAAGAGAGUGACAGAGGGGGGGAAAAGAGCUGGACUAAGACAGACGGCUAACUGGAGGCGUGUGAGAGAGAAAGGAGGAGAGAAAAUAGGUGUGUGGACGGGAGCAGAGGAAGAGCGUAGAAAGGAGUGGAGAGUGAAAAAGAGAUGGAUGGAAGAACUGCUACACCUUUCUUCUCUCAUCCAAUAAAGAACUGAAUCACAUGUUCAUUAAUGACCCAGAGGUAUGAGGACCAAUCGUCAGACUGAGUGGUGACGUCAUACCAGUGACAGAGGCAGAAUUGGGACCACCAUGGAUUCUAUGGCAAAUGAGCAACAGUACUCUCACACACUGUAACUCAUAUUUCUCUCUCUCUCUCUCUCUCUCUCUCUCUCUCUCUCUCUCUCUUUCAAAAACACUCUUCACACUUGGAUAAAACAGAGACCAGUAACUCAUCUCUCCACUCAGAUAUAAGACUGCCUCCCACAACUGUGAUGUCACAGAGUGGCUCCUCCUCUUCCUGCUCCUCUGGGGGCUGAGCAAAUUGGCUGGGGCUAUGGGUAGAAGGGUGGCUGAUCCGACCAAUCCAGUGCCUGCGCUGGGGGUGCCCUUGGCAGGGGGGCGAUGGGGUCCGCUGUGCAGCGUGGGGGUGCAGACCUCCCCUGGCCUUAGGACGCUCCCGUCAAUCAAACUCAACCAACCAACCAGCAUGCAGCACCCAGAGACAAGGCAGAGUAACAACCAUGUCACCACGGUAAUGACCAUGCCCUCGGAAACUGUUUUUUCUUGUAACUCGUGCAGCAGUGGCGGCAGCAGUGGAUUUGCCGUUUCCAAGGAGACGAGUCAGAAUGCGAUCAACAGUCUGACACAGGACGACAUGGGGUCACAGGGUUCAGGGGGCGGGGUCUACUGUCAGAUCAAAACCAUAAGGACCAAUCCCAGGGAGUCUGGUCACAGGUCCAGCGGGAAACAGACGUCUCGAUACACCAAUGGGAGUGUGGUUGCCCCUGAGGUGGUGGGUGGGGUAUGUACUGAGGGUGCCGAGGGGAACGAGCCAAUCAGAGAGAGGAGGAGGGUCCAGUCUCUGAGAGGGGAGGAGUCUCGCCCUGUGCUGAGGUCAGGGAGUGUGUCUCAGUCUGUGAGCUCUCACGCCACGCCUCCAAGGCCCUGUAGAAUGAUGACAUCAUCAUCGCCCCGUCUCUGUGGAACCUGCGGGCGUAGACAGUCCCAGGCCCCACCCACUUGCAUGGCAACUGCAUGCCGCAGGCGAGCAGCCAAUAAGACCACAGAGAGCCAGACCCUCCCGAAUCCUCCCAGGAAACAGUCCGUACUCCUCAACCAGAACCGGAAAGACUCCCCUGUACUGAACACACACACACACACACCACCAACCCCGCACAAAGCUGUGAAGAACACUCAAACACAAACUCAGACAUUGCCCUCUCCACACACAACCCAAAAGACACACACGCUCACAAAAGAUUCACCUGUGCCGACAUGCUCCAACACUAAGGAUACACAACACACACAUACAGACCCAAAACCCAGUUUACCCAGGUUACAUCAGAAAGAAACACACACACAGACUGCGGACACACACUCACACGCCACAGAGAAACACACAUCCAGGCCAAAUAAAUCCACAGAUAAUACUCCAGCUACACAGCCUUUUCCAGACAAAAACGCAGAGACGUCAUCUGACAACCAACACACACCACCAAACUCAUCUACACAAGUCACCCCCAAGCCACCACCCCCAGUCCUCCUCAUAGGCAAAAAAUCCUCGGCCUCUACCCCUCUCCCACCUAAAGCCUCCCCCAACCCCUACCACACUGUCCAGGUGAACCCAAAACCAGCACCCCCAGUCCUUCAGACCCAACCCAAACAUCCACCCCUCACCCCCUCCCUGCUCUCCAAAAUACCACCAGCACAACCAAUCAAAAUAGAAGACUCCAAAACCCCUGGCCAGUCAAAAGAUGCAAAUGCUCUGCAUGCUGCCCAUGUGGCCUCACAAUGCAAUGGGGCACCAGGAGGUCUGGCGGGGUUACCAGGUGGGGUACAGGGGUGUGUGUCGGGGGGCCUCCACGGGCAUCUUCACAGCGUGGAAGAGAGUCUGCUCUCCAACCAGGAGAAGAUCAAAGUCCUCCUCAACGUUAUCCAAGACCUGGAGAAAAGCAAGGCCCUCAGCGAAGGGCGCUGCUCUUACAGAACUGGACAGGAUAUCAACAACUGCCCCACCUGUCAGAAGACUGCCUGUAUCAUAUACAGUGUGGAGCAUGACUUCAGACAGCAAGAGGGGAGGUUCCAGCCAGUGAUGGAAACUCUAGAUGGGGUUUACGAUGUCCCCCUCCCUGUCCCCAAACCGCCCCUCUCCCGCCCCCCGCCCCAGCGCCAAGGCCCGCGUCAAGAAGCUACGCAAAAAGUGUUUCUGGUGGCUAUAGAUACACACCCGUCGCCGGGGGGUACAGUCGCCAUGGAGAAGUUGCGGGCUGCUGUUACUAAGGGGACUGGACAGGUGUGUGUCGAUGGACCAUGGCGACUGUUCCUGUGUCUUUGAUGUUGCUAUAGGAACUGUACACCUAUUAUGGUAUUUGAGCUGCAGAGAUGCUACACCUUAGAGCCUGUUGGAGUGUAGAUAACAUGGAGAGCAAUAAGUUACCAUGGACAACUCUAUGAGGUGUGGACCAACUGAUAGAGGUCAAGUCUUGGGAUCACUGGUUACUGGAUUUUGAAGAGACACUAAUCUGAAUGACUUUGUCCCUGACCAACAGAGUUUACUGUGCUACUGUGCUAGGUUGGACACAUCUGGGACACGGUUUAAUAAGAGUGUCCAGUGGUGACUCUGUUAGGUCAAAGGCCCCAGUGCUUGAACAUAGAUGAGCACUUAUUCACAUUCCACAACCUACAGAGUGACCAGCCAAUCUACAAUCCCUUCAGAGAGUGACAGGCCACGUAACCAAUCAACACACGCUUCCACCAGGAUUCUCCCGCAAUACGCAAAACAAAAAAGUUACUGAGUCAUACUUAGCACAAACAAUAUACACACACAGUAUAGCACUAAACACAUCACUUACACACACAGACAGGCGCGUGCGCGCGCACACACACACACACACACACACACACACACACACACACACACACACACACACACACACACACACACACACACACACACACACACACACACACACACACACACACACACACACAAUACAAUUAUAUCCACUCUACACUAUGAGCUUUCAUUAUACCACAGCGCUAUUGGCUAAAACACAAGCUCAACCAAUAAUAAUCUCAACCUUUCCUUCCAAGACCACACCCUAUUUACUGUUUAACCAAUAAUCAGCCCCGGACCCUAACCUGCCACAUCAGUGCUUUUUAAUAGAUCGCUCUUCCCAUUCCCAUGUGUGAUCUCCAACAAUGCUUUUCUCUUCCUUUUCCUCUCGCUGUGUUGUUUGUAAUAGUUAUAUUGGGAUCCAAUAAAAGUGUGUAUUUUAAACAGAACAUCAUUUCCUGCUUGAACAGUGAUUCCCAAUUCCCAUGACGACACACUUAAAGCACUACUGACUAGCACCAUUUAGGAUGAAGCUGUGGUACUAUGGAGGAAUGGUAAAAGCAGAUGGGUGAGUCCACGGAGGGCUAUAAUGUGAUAUUUCAAAGGGUAUCAUAAAGGUCACUAAACUGAAAGUCUUUCAGACUGAAACAAUCAGUAGUUUCCCAAAUACUUUCUGUGUUUAGACCCACCUUGGGGAAAUUUCUUGUCUCUCUUCAAGUAAACACUAAGUAAACAACUCCAUUGUUUUUAGCCAGAACCCAAUUUUAAGCUGUGGCCCAAACUGAAUUGGCCACAACCCACCAGCAGGACACAAACAACAAUUUGGGAAACACUGAAAGGACUGAAGAGAAUGAUUUAGAAAGCAGCCAGUGUAAGGCAGUACUCUACGAUCGAAAGCUCUAUCGAAAAACUUCUACAUCAGGCCUGGGCAAUUAUUUUCCAUGGAGGGGCCACAUUAGAAUAUAUUAUUGCCAUUGCAGGCCAGAAUCAUAUUUCAGGAUUAUACAU